AUGGGGGGGGCGGCGUUGGCGGCGGCGGCGGCAUUCCCCGACGAGGUGUGGGAGCACGUGUUCUCGUUCCUGACGGCGGACGGGGACCGGAACGCGAUCUCGCUAGUCUGCAGGGCGUGGCAGCGGAUCGAGCGGUUCUCCCGGAGGAGGAUCUUCGUCGGCAACUGCUACGCCGUCUGGCCCCGCCGGGUGGUCGAGCGGUUCCCGGCGCUGCGGGCCGUGUCGAUCAAGGGGAAGCCCCAUUUCGCCGACUUCAAUCUGGUUCCCCAAGACUGGGGCGGCGACGCCUACAACUGGGUCGCCGCGCUGGCGGUGGGUUGCCCCUUGUUGGAGGAGCUCCGCCUGAAGCGGAUGGUGGUCUCCGACGAGUGCCUGGAGCUGGUCGCCAAGUCGUUCUGCAACUUCAAGGUGCUCGGUCUCGCGACCUGCGAGGGCUUCACCACCUCCGGCCUCGCAACCAUCGCGGCAAACUGCAGGUGCUUCGUCGAUUCCCUCGUCGCUGUCUCUUACAAAUCCGUGUGCCCUCCCCGUCCUACACCUCCAAAACCCUAACCCUAAUUUGGAAGUGACCGGGAGACACCAAUGUUUUCCCGGGGGGUGUCGCCAUUUUCUUUGGUUUAGAUCACUCUGAAAUCCACAAUCAGCUACACCAGCCCACAGAGUUCUUUCCCUUUCCGCAUAUUGCAUUGCCAGCAGAGUUCAUUGCCAGAAGACCUCAUUCUCUGUAGCAUCACCAAUGUGGGAGACUCCUGGUCUUCUUCUGGGCACCCGGCUGAUUCGCUGUCUGUAAUAGGGAAUUACAAGCAGUCACUCUGUUUCUGGGUCGUUUUGUUUUCAGAGAGAACCAGUCGAACCCCAGGAAACCCUAAAAGGGAGGCUCCUCAUCAUUCAUUAGGUUUCAGCGUCUUCGUGAGAAGAAGAACGAAUAAUGCUCUGCUGGUUCAGGUUCCAAACCUGCGUAAUUAAUGGAAUGGGGGCUGCUGAUCUCUCAGGCAUCUGGAGGAGCUCGACCUGCAGGAGAAUGAAGUGGAGGACCACGGAGGGCAGUGGCUGAGCUACUUCCCGGAGUCGUCCACCUCCCUCGUCUGCCUGAACAUGGCAUGCCUGGAAGGCCCGGUGAGCGCGCCGGCCCUCGAGCGCCUCCUGAGCCGCUGCACGCGGCUCAGGACCCUGCGGCUGAGCAAGGCCACGCCCCUGGAGAAGCUCCCCGACGUCGUCCGCCUGGCCCCGCAGCUGGCCGACCUCGGCACCGGCAGGUUCCAUGCCGACACCGGCGCCGGCGCCGAGCUCUACCCCAAGCUGGAGGCCGCCUUCGCGGGCUGCAGGGCUCUGAGGGGUCUUUCGGGGGUCUGGGAGGCGGCCCCCGCCUACCUCCCCGCCGUGUACCCGAUCUGCGAGGGCCUCACCUCGCUGAACCUGAGCUACGCCACCGUGCAGAGCCCGGAUCUCAUCAAGCUCGUCGGCCGCUGCCGGAACCUUCAGAAGCUGCUGGUGAUGGAUUUGAUCGAGGACGAGGGGCUGGAGGCGGUGGCGGCCUCUUGCAAGCUCCUGCAGGAGCUGCGGGUCUUCCCCUCCGACCCAUACGCGCAGGCGCCGCAGGCGCAGGCGGUCUCGCUCACCGAGAGCGGGCUCGUCGCGGUGGCCGCCGGCUGCCCGCGGCUGCAUUCCGUGCUCUACUUUUGCCGGCAGAUGACCAACGCGGCGCUGCGGGCCAUCGCGCGUAGCCGGCCGGGACUGGUGCGGUUCCGCCUGUGCAUCAUGGAGCCCAGGGCCCCGGACUACGCCACGCUGCAGCCGCUGGACGCCGGGUUCGGCGCCAUUGUGCAGAGCUGCAGGGGGCUACGGCGGCUCUCCCUCUCGGGACUGCUCACGGACCGCGUGUUCGAGGCCAUUGGCGCGGACGCGCAACGCCUGGAAAUGCUCUCUGUGGCCUUCGCCGGGGAGAGCGACGCGGGGCUGCACCACGUGCUGGCGGGGUGCCGUCGGCUGAGAAAGCUGGAGAUCAGGGACUGCCCCUUCGGGGACGGUGCCCUGCUGGAGAACGCCGCCAAGCUGGAGACAAUGCGAUCCCUUUGGAUGUCCUCCUGUAUGGUGACCCUCGGCGCCUGCAAGGCCCUCGCGCGGCGGAUGCCCCGCCUCUGCGUCGAGGUCAUCGACGAGCGCCGCCGCCCCCCCGAGCCGAGGGAUUCUUGGCCCGACGACGCCAUCGUUGACAAGCUCUACGUCUACCGCACCCUCGCCAGUCCCCGCCCCGACGCUCCUGACUGCGUCUGGAUCCUGUAG